ACCACCAAAAUACAGUUAUACUAGGUGCACGUACGGUAGCUAACACGUGUACUUGUGUUUUGCCGAUGAAGAAAAUCGAGCUCAGAUAAUAUGGCUUCUAACUACUUAUGCUACUCCGUCAUCUUUACUUUGGCUCUACUUCCGCCGGCUGGGAUAUCGGCGGAGAGUGGAGCUCCACCGCAGGUGCCAAACUCCGAUGACUCCAAAAUCAAGUGCGUCGAGCGAAGGAUGGCUCUGGACUUCUCCGACGGAGAAACGGGCUCGCAGCGCCGGCGACGUCGAGGCGUCACGCGCGGGCUCGACCCGGAUUUUAUCGACACGUUUCCGACGUUUCUUUACUCCGAUGUUAAGGGUCUGAAGUUGGGGAAAGGGGCGCUAGAAUGCGCCGUGUGCUUGAACGAGUUCGAGGACGACGAGACGCUCCGGCUGCUUCCGACGUGCUGCCAUGUCUUCCACCAUGACUGCAUCGACGUCUGGCUUGCGUCACACGUCACCUGUCCGGUUUGCCGGGCAAAUCUCGUUCCUAGCGCCGACGAACAGGGAAGUGAGGGAUGGAUUACUAUACUGAGUCAUCACCCGGUAAAUGACUCGCUCAACUAUGAAGUUCAUGACUCAAUCCACCCGGAGAUGGAAAUAACCAAUGCCUCGCCGGCGCCGGAGGAUCCAAUUCCGGCGCAACCACCUAUACGGAAUCGUCCGCCGAGAUCAACGCCAAGACGACAGCGACUCGCCGGGAAAUUUCCGCGGUCUCACUCGACGGGUCACUGUAACUCACUGAUUCGACCGGGAGAUGAUUGCGAACGGUUCACAUUAAGAUUACCGGACGAGGUAAGGAACCGGCUGGUUAACACCGGUUUGAGCAGAAACCCGAGUUUCGCGGAGUUACCGGCCGAAAGAAGUUCGACGAAGGGAUAUAGAAGUAACAGCGUCGGAACCGGUUGGGGACGGGCCAAUAAUUAUUAUUAUGAGCGGUUUGAUCGGGAAGGCACGGCAGACCGCUGUGGGUUCACCCCGGCUCCGCCUUUCUUCUCCAGGGGAAGUUCGACGAGGUCGUCAAAGGAGGAGGGCGGCGGCGGAGGGGAGGAAUUGACGGUUAUCCCAAAGAGUUUGUUUAAGUCCGUCAAGGCACCGCUUGGUCGUUUAUUUAGUGGCCCGGAGAAGGAUGAGACCGGGGAACGGUCGUCUAAUAAACUUAUGCCUGACAACCCGGUUUAGCU